UAAUGUCACAUUUCUUGUCUCCACUCAAGUUCCAACGGCCGUUUACUUCAGCAUCAGUUGUUAUUUUGAAUGUUUACCAAGUUGAGUGUGUAUCUGAAGAGUUUUACCUGCAAAAAAACGCUAUACAAAUCAGUGAAUACGAUAUCUACUAAGAAAAAUUAUGCCACGAACAAAGAAAGCUGCAAGCAAACAGAAAAAUACCAGAAAAACUGACCAAGAUCCACGGAUUGAAUUGGGUUUAAAAAUUAUUAAUGACGCAGAGGAAAUUCGUCUUGGCCAAUUACAAGCUGAUCGGAAAAAUGAUCUGGACACAAUUAAAUGCGAAAUUACCACAUGUAUGCUCAGUGUUCCUAGAGGAUUGCUGGACCUAACUUUGGGAGAAAUUAGUCGAGGAGAAUUUCCCGUUGAUAAGACGUGGAACAGUCGAAUUGUACUAGGCAAUUCAACGCUUGCCAAUGCAUCAAACACCCUUCAUUCCACACAGUCGACUAUCCAAAAAACUGGUAGCAGAUUAAAGAAAACCGCAUCACAUCUUUCGACGGAGAAUGACGAUGAAGGUUACACAACAGCUGAAAGUACUCGCGGAACUACUUCAGGUUCAAGCAAACGGUCCCGGUCACAAACAGCAUCCAAGUCCAAUUUGCAUCAAUUAGCAUCACAGACAUUGGUUAAGCGGUCGAGGAGAUCCAGAUCGGUUGACAAAAUCAACUCAACUGAAUUUUCUUCUGGUUCCACCAGACAGUCGCGGAGCAGAACGAAAGAACACGCAGGAGUGUCCCGCUCUCACUCCAGGACGACUUCGAAAAUUAGUCUGACGACUCCGUUGAAUAGAAAACCAACAGGUGGUACCGGAACCAUAACACCAAAGUGUAACAAAAACACUCCAUUGCUUUUCAUGCGACGCCCGAAAGUUGGUGAAAUGGCAUGGUCAAAUCAAGGAUCUCCCUUGUUGGUCUAUGGGGCGACUGCCCAAGAUCGCAUUGCCAAUAUUAACAUUCCAAUUGGUGACGACGUAUUAUCUCUAAUGCCAACGCGGGGUGCCAUGCGUCCAUCAGAAAUACCCCAAAUCGAGGGAGAUACCAAAAAACAAUUGGAAACGUUACGAGACAACCUGAUUAAAGUGUGCGAUUCUAUUAGAAAGUGAACACAUGGUUGGACCUUUUGGGUGUUUGAAUUAAUUAUAAUCGAUAUAUUCUAGUUCGAUAUUUCUGUUAUAACCUGGGAAUUGCAUAUUAAAAUAAGGCUAUGUUUAAGGUGUCGACAGUAUGCCUAGUAGCCUCAAAUUUUCAUUUGAUUUCUUCCAAAACAAAAUUGAUAACAAAUUUGUAGAUUAUAUUUUAAUGCAUUAAGAAUUAUAAUUUUUCGGAUUGUUUCCCGUA